AUGGCAGCCUUUCUUCAAGAGAUGCUAAUUGGAUUUCCAUUCUCUUCAGCAGCAUACCUGGGUGAGAAAUCAUUACACAGAUACUUACCUGAUCCUGCCACCCAAUACACAUCUACAACAAGCUCAAACCAAGGUGAAGUAGCUUCAGUUCUUACCAGGAUGAACAAGCUUGGGAGAAAGACCAACAGCUUUGCAACUGGACUCAAAGAACAUGUAAAACUUGGGCCAAAAUUAACUGAUACAGUAAAAGGCAAAUUAAGCUUAGGAGCUAGAAUUCUUCAAGUUGGAGGAGUGGAAAAAGUCUUCACGCAGAUAUUCAGUGUAAAAGAUGGAGAGAAGCUGCUAAAAGCAUCUCAGUGCUACAUAUCAACCACAUCUGGUCCUCUAGCAGGACUCCUAUUCAUAUCCACCGAUAAAGUUGCCUUUUGCAGUGAGAGAUCAAUCAAGGCCUAUUCUUCCAAUGGUCAUUUGAUCAGAAUCCAUUACAAGGUUGUGAUCCCACUUGAAAAGAUAAGGGGUGUCAACCAAAGUCAACAUGUGAAGAAGCCUUCACAAAAGUACAUAGAAAUAGUUACAGUGGAUAACUUCGACUUCUGGUUUAUGGGUUUCUUAAAUUAUCAGAAAGCUUUCAAAUACCUGAAGCAGGCUAUCUCUCAAGCGCAAGUUAAUAAAACGACCAAACAUAAUUCAGUGGGCCAUCAGAAAAAUGUUAUACGUGGCUGCUCGAAAAAUGAGCUACCCGACAGAGCCAUGUGCAAAGGAUUUUAUAAUACUAACAUUUUUGUUUUUUUGUCAACACAAACAGCAAAUACGGGAUCCCCCCUUCUCGUUGAUUCUGUGAAAGAACUAGCAAAGGAGGCAAUGGCCAAAGUUCCAGAGAGAUACUUGCAACCACAAAUUCACCCUUCAAUUUCUUUGAACACAGACUCUUUACCACAGCUCCCUGUCAUUGACCUAAAGAAGUUGCUGUCUGAAGAAGUGAAGGGCUCUGAACUUGAAAAGCUAGACCUUGCAUGCAAAGAAUGGGGUUUCUUUCAGCUGGUUAAUCAUGGAGUUGGCGUCAAAUUGGUGGAAGAUGUAAAGAGAGGUGCUGAAGAGCUGUUCAAUCUUUCCAUGGACGAGAAGAAGAAGCUUUGGCAAAAACCAGGAGAUAUGGAGGGGUUUGGUCAAAUGCUGGGUUCAGAGUCAUCAAAUUGGGUAGAUUUGUUUUACAUUUUUACACUUCCUACCCAUUUAAGGAAGCAACACUUAUUCCCUAAUAUACCACUGCCAUUCAGGGAAAAUUUAGAGGAUUAUUGUCUGAAGAUGAGGGACCUUGCCAUGGACAUUUUUGCUCUCAUAGGAAAAGCACUUGGUAUUGAAGUAAGGGAUAUUAAGGAGUCAUUAGGUGAAGGUGGACAAUCAAUAAGAAUGAAUUACUAUCCUCCUUGUCCCCAACCAGAAAAUGUCCUUGGCCUAAAUGCUCACACUGAUGGAUCUGCACUCACCAUCCUUCUCCAAGCCAAUGAAGUGGAAGGCCUCCAAAUAAACAAAGAUGGAACAUGGGUUCCUAUUCAACCCCUCCCAAAUGCUUUCAUCAUUAGUCUUGGAGAUGUUAUGGAGGUAAUGACAAAUGGAAUAUAUAGGAGCACUACGCAUCGAGCAGUGGUGAACUCUGAGAAAGAGAGAGUCUCCAUAGCUACAUUCUAUGGCCCAGAAUGGAGCGGGAAGAUAGGUCCAGCACCAACUCUUGUGACUCCACACACACCACCUUUGUUCAAAACAAUUGGCGUCGCAGAGUUCUACAAGGGAUACCUUUCACCCCACCAUUUUGAGUUGAGAGAGCAGGGAACACUGGUGUGA